AUGGCACGUUCCAGAGGAUCCGCUAGACCAGCUUCAAGACCUAUGCAGACGCGUUCUGCUUCCACUAUGGCCGCUCCAGCUCAUGCUCCACCACAGCAGCACCAGUCUGCUUACUCACACCCACCAGCUACGGCUGCUGGUCAGGCCAAGCAACCGGGUAUGUUUGCUCAAAUGGCUUCCACAGCUGCUGGUGUUGCUGUUGGUAGUGCGGUGGGUCAUACUCUCGGCGCAGGUUUAACAGGUAUGUUUUCCGGCUCUGGAUCUGCUCCCGCAGAGCAGCAGCAGCAGCAGUUAGCAACUAAUGGCUCUCUAGAACAGAACCAACAGGUCAAGGCAUGCGAUGUAGAUGCUAGAAACUUCACUCGUUGUUUGGACGAGAACAACGGCAACUUCCAGAUCUGUGAUUACUAUCUGCAGCAAUUGAAGGCUUGCCAGGAAGCUGCUCGUCAAUACUAG